AUGACAGAUCUGUCGAAGUUGACGUGCGACGGCAGCAAAGACCACGUGAAGCGGCCAAUGAACGCUUUCAUGGUGUGGUCUCGGGGGCAGAGAAGGAAGAUGGCUCAAGAAAACCCCAAAAUGCACAAUUCCGAAAUCUCCAAGAGAUUAGGCGCUGAAUGGAAGCAGUUGACAGAACUGGAGAAACGGCCUUUCAUCGACGAAGCCAAGCGAUUGCGUGCGAUGCACAUGAAAGAGCACCCCGAUUACAAGUAUCGGCCAAGGCGAAAACCGAAACCGGCGUCGUCCAAGAAAGACAGCAAUCCCUUUUUCACUCUUGACCCGAGGUGGGGGUCGCCACUGGACAGUGAGAAGGCCGCCACUGCAAGGACAUUUCCUCUGGCGCCCAGUCCUUACUACCCCCACUUGAAGAGCGGGAAAGAUUUUUCAGCCGGGGGAGCAUAUUUGGGAUCUCCCGCGUCGCUGUAUGCUCCUUCGCCGGCAAGCUCCAUCCUCUCCACGCUGUCUUAUACGAGGACUUUUGGAGGGGCGGCGUACGGUCUUUGCGGUUGCCCCCCAACGUACCUGCCAACCACCCCCAAGAGCUGCGGAAUCCCUUCGGCUACCUGUUCUUGA